AUGAAGCCGAAGUGCAUGCUGAUGUCCUUUUCCCCCUGCGGGCAGUACCUGCUGUACGUAACAGCCCCAGCAGGGGACAGCAGCAGCCCGGGGGGGCCCCCCGGGGGCCCCCCGGGGGCCCCCGAAGCCGCGGAAGCAGCAGCAGGGGCCCCCUGCUGCAGCAAACAAGAAGUGGGAAUUGUGGAUGUCUUUGGACAAGAAUGUUUGACCACUUAUGUGCCUCUUAGAGGAGAGUCUGUUUGCGAAGAGCUGCCGGGGGUGCUGCAGGCCUUUUGGGCCCCCGCGCCGCCUGCUGCUGCUGCUGCUGCUGCUGCUGCUGCUGCUGCUGCUGCUGCUUCGCUGGUCGUUGUGAUCACCCAGAAGAGCAUUGAGCUGUUCAAAUUUAUGCACAGCGGACGGACUCUGCAUGCAGUAAAGAAAGUGGCUCAAGUGUCUCUUUUGGCUUGGGUCUCUUCGCCGCCGCCUCGCCCCAGGGUCUCAGCAGCGCUGCCCAGCAGCAGCAGCAGCAGCAGCAGCACAGAGCAGCAGCAGCAGCAGCAGCAGCAGCAGCAGCAGGCAGCAGCGCUUGCUGCUGCUGCAGCUGCUCCCGUGGUGUUCGUGGUGGCCGUGGGACAGCGGACGCUGCAGCCAUUCCUCUUAGAGCCCCGCACUUUGGCAAGCCCUAAACCCUAA